UGCCGCUGACAGUGCUGUAGUUAGGAAGUAUGUAUUGAUUUUUAUCUCGUCCCUUUUUCGAGUUUUCCACACGUUCGGUGUAUAAUAUUGAAGUAAAUUUUUAUCGUUUUUCUUAGUUGUUUUUUUUUUUUUUAUAAUUGUUAGCUUAUUUUAUAUAUACUCGUGUUUGUGUCACUGAUUUUGCCAAAUGACGCGUUUAUGAGAUUCAAUCGUUUUCGGCUAGUCUGUGUAUCCGUAUCGCGUCUCCAUACUGUAAAUAAUGACUAAAGACAGGCUAGCGGCUUUAAAAGCGGCUCAAAGUGAUGAUGAAGAAGGAGGUGCUGAUGAUGUGGCUGUCAAUAUGGAUGGUCGACAAGAUGGAUCGGGAGCUGCAUUUAUGGAUAAAUUUUUUGAAGAGGUGGAAGGCAUCAGAGGGAUGAUAGAUAAGAUUCAAGCUAAUGUGGAAGAAGUGAAGAAAAAACACAGUGCAAUUUUAUCUGCUCCACAGACUGAUGAAAAGGUAAAACAAGAAUUGGAAGAUCUUAUGGUGGAUAUAAAAAAAACUGCUAAUAGAGUUCGUGCCAAACUCAAAGAAAUUGAACAGAAUAUAGAAGCAGAAGAGCAAUCGAACAAAUCGUCAGCAGAUUUAAGAAUACGCAAAACACAACAUUCAACAUUAUCACGUAAAUUUGUUGAAGUUAUGACCGAAUAUAACCGUACACAGACAGAUUAUAGAGAACGUUGUAAAGGCCGAAUUCAGCGGCAAUUAGAAAUAACGGGAAGAACAACUACUAAUGACGAACUUGAAGAAAUGUUAGAACAAGGGAACCCAGCUGUGUUCACACAAGGAAUAAUUAUGGAAACACAACAAGCUAGACAGACAUUAGCUGAUAUUGAAGCCAGACAUGCAGACAUAAUAAAAUUAGAGAAUUCUAUCCGAGAACUCCAUGAUAUGUUCAUGGACAUGGCCAUGUUGGUAGAAAAUCAGGGCGAAAUGAUUGAUCGAAUUGAAUAUCAUGUUGAACAUGCCGUGGAUUAUGUACAGACGGCCACUCAAGAUACUAAGAAAGCAUUAAAAUAUCAAAGCAAAGCGAGAAGAAAGAAAAUUAUGAUCUUGAUAUGCUUGACAAUUCUCAUUGUUCUUCUCGGCGGAUUUGUGAUGAGUUUCCUUCCCAAGUUCCCUUAAUAUUUAAAUCUACGU